AUGGCGAUAGGGAGACCGGUCGAAGGCACAGUCUCUCUUGGAUGGAUGGAUGAUUAUGAGAAGGAAGACGAAAGAAGCGAAAAGGCCGAGAAGAUGACAGACGAAGAAGAAGGAGAAGGAGAAUGGACGUUGGUGGUUGAUGAUGAAGUUGAAGUUGAAGUUGAAGUUGAAGAUGGCGAUGGCGAUGGCGAUGGGCGUCGAGAAAAAGAGAACGGCAAGGCAAGGCAAGGCAGGGUUAGUCACCAAUCCAGCGGCAUGCUUGUUUAUCGGCUCCUCAUUGCUCGGAUCGGAAAGACUGAGAGAGCCCUGGAGACAGACCAGACCAAUAACCAUGCGUGCGCGAGGGGUCUGAGCCCGCCCAAAGUCCCCAAGGUUGCUUGCUACCCUGUUUCCUUGGCCCGCAUGCCUGCCUAUAGUUACCUGCAUACCUGCAUGCUAUUCCUGCUGGAUAGAGAGGUAUCCAUAAUUCUGUUUUGA